UUUUUUUUUCGCUGUGGUGGUUUAAUAAGCUUUUGUACUGAUGUCCAUAAGGCCUGUGUUGUGUCUUCAAAGGAAGCAGGUACAGGUUGGCAUUGCACCUCCUGCAGCCCUCACCAACCUAUGAGGACCCAGGUGCACAGGGGUUUGGGGCCAUAAAGGAAGGAUCUUAAGAGAUCAGAGGGAUGAAAGGGAGGGGGUGGCCCCAGAUGGCAGCCCGGGCUCUUUCUCUUUUUCUAGAUCACACAUCUCCUCCAUGUCCCACCCCAUCUGCCAAGUGUCCUUCCUUCAUGUUCUUGACUGCACCCACUCCCAGAACCCUCAGCAUUGGUGCCCUCCCUCGGGGCCCACCAAUCUCAUUAGCGAGGCAUCAGAGACAAGCAUCCUAAUCAGCUCACCAGCAGAGGGAUAAAUGCCUGGGCCAACUCUCUGCUGAGGGAGGUCCAGCCACUCACACUAUCACUACUUGAGACCUGCUCCAGCACUUGCCCGCAGAGUGAGAGUCCAGAAGCCAAGUGUCGCCGCAGCACCUCUGCCAGCCUCACCAUGAAUCUGGAGCCACCCAAGGCAGAUUUCCGAUCUGCCACCAGGGUGGUCGGAGGACCUGUCACCCCCAGGAAAGGGCCCCCCAAAUUUAAGCAGCGACAAACCAGGCAGUUCAAGAGCAAGCCCCCCAAGAAAGGCGUCCAAGGGUUUGGAGAUGACAUCCCUGGAAUGGAAGGCCUGGGAACAGACAUCACGGUCAUCUGCCCCUGGGAGGCCUUCAACCACCUGGAGCUGCAUGAGCUGGCCCAAUAUGGCAUCAUCUAGAGCAAGACCCCUGCCUAGGGUCCUGGGACACAUCCCCCGGACACACACACUGCACUCUGAACCCUGCUCAGAAUUCCUGCUGAGAAGACCUAUGCCCCACAGCCCAGAUUGCACCUGGACACCAGGGUGGGGCUUCCUGACAGCUACCAGAAGCCCCCCACUUCUUCCCAGGAUGCCCCCUCAAGGCUGGCCAUGCCCUGCUUAACUUCCAGAGCCACUGGCCCACCCAGAAGUCUGUCCUCAGGGAGGGUCUGGAAGUCCCCUUCCAAGGGAGAGGGGGAGGUGGACCCCAACCCAUGAGCCUGCUGGACCCCAGACUGUCUCUUCCUCAUGGCUGGGUCCUGCCUGUCUGAGGUUAAGAAGCUCCCCUCCCUGCACUGGGGCAGACGUCAUGUCAUGGGUGCUAGGAUGCUGGGGGCAGGUGGCAAGAGGAUGAGGCCCCCUCUAUACCCAUGGCAGUAGCCAGGAGCUCAUCUUUCAAUUCGGCCCACCUUUGCUGUCCCUGUUGCAAAAUAAAAUUAG